AUGUUCGCCAACUGGCGGAUUCAAAUAAGUUCUUCUUCUUUUUCUUCAUCAUCAUCAUCAUCAUCAUCAUCUUUUUCUUGUUCUUCUUCUUCUUCUUUUCGAAUUUUCUUCAUCUUUGGAAACUUCUUCGGCUUCUCUUUUUACAGUCUUUUUUUUCUCUUCUCCUUUAAAGUCGUCUCCUUUCAAAUCAGUUUAGAAAUCAUUUUCCCCAACUUCUUUGGGAUCUUCUUUUUUACAGCCUUCUUCUCCUCCUUUAAAAUCUAUUUUAGAGUCUUCUUCUUCUUCUUGAGAGGGUCUUCCUUGUUUGUCUCAGUCUCUCCUUUCUUAGUGUGUUCUUCUUUAAAGCCUACUCUUUCUUUUCGAUUUUCCUCUUCAUCUUUUAUUUCUUCUUCUUCUUCUUCUUCUUCUUCUUCUUCUUCUUCUUUCGUCUUUUCUUCGCCGUCUUCUUCACUGGUUUUCUUUAUUCCCAUCAUUUUUCGUGAAGCGUCCUCUUUCUUCCUAUUUUUCUUCUUUCUCUUUAAGGUCUUCUUCUCUAGCUUCUUCUUUAGAGACUUCUUCUUUAAAAUCUCUUUCUUUUUUCUCCUUCUUCUUCUUCAGAUUCUUCUUUCUCUUCUCUUUUUAGAGUCUUCUAACUCUUUAGCGUUGUUUCUCCUUCUAUUUCUUCUUCUUUACACUGAUCUUUGUCUCUUCGAGCCUCCUUUUUCUUCUUUUGUUUCUUCUUCUGUUUCUUCUUUUUCUUCUUCUUCUGUUACUGCUGCUUUAGAUUCGUCUUCUUUUUAUGAGUUUUAUACUUCUUUAAUCUUUUCUUCUUUUUCUUCUUUAACGUCUUCUCCUCCUCCUCCUCCUCCUCAUUCUUUAGACUCUCCUUCUUCAUUAUUUUCUUUUUCUCCUUCCUUGGGAUUUUCUUUCGUUAAAUCUUCAGCUUCUUCUUCUUCUUCUUCUUCUUCAUCAUCAUCAUCAUCAUCAUCACCAUAUUAUUAUUAUUAUUAUUAUUCCCCUCCGCAAUACAUUCGCUUCUUCCUUCUUCUUCGUCUACUUCUCACUUCUUCUUCUUCUUCUUCUUCUUCUUCUCUUCCUCUUCGUCCUUCUUCUUCUUCUUCAAAACUAUUCUGUUUUCCUUCAUUUUUUUUUAUAAAAUUCUUCAGAAUCUCCCUUUUUCUUUUCCGUUUCUGUCUCUUUCUUUAA